AUGAUAGUCUUCAUUUUCCUUGCUAUGGGGCUAUGCUCAGAAAAUGAACCCACUUCCCAAACCAUUGAUUGCACAUAUUUAAGAGAGCAGUGCCUACGUGAUGCAGAUGGAUGUAAACAUUUAUGGAGAAAGAUGGAAGAUGCUUGCAAUGUUUCAGACCCAGGUAACUCCUGCAAGAUGAAGGAUUUAUCAGGCUGUAACCUCAGUAUCCAGUCCUUAGUGAAAAACAAUAUCCAAUUUAAAGAUUGUCUCUGCACUGAUGACCUGUAUGGUACCGUUAACAAAUUGCUUGGAAAAAAAUGCAUCAAUGAAUCAGAUAACAUAAAAGAGGAUAAUAAAUUCAAGUGGAAUCUAACUACUCUUCCCUAUCACGAAAUGAAAGGGAUCCGGACCUGUUUGGAAGUGGCAGAGACGUGUGUAGGGGAUGUGGUCUGUAACGCACAGUUGGCCCCUUACCUUAAAGCUUGCUCAGCAAAUGGAAAUCUGUGUGAUGUGAAACAAUGCCAAGCAGCCAUACGGUUCCUCUAUCAAAAUAUGCCUUUUAACAUUGCCCAGAUGUUGGCUUUUUGUGACUGUGCUCCAUCUGAUCUACCUUGUCAGCAGUCCAAAGAAGCUCUUCACAGCAAGCCAUGUGCAGUGAACAGAGUUCCACCCCCUACUUGCCUCAAUGUAAUUCACAGCUGCCGAAAUGAUGAAUUAUGCAGGAGGCGCUAUAGAACAUUUCAGUCAAAAUGCUGGCAGCAUGUGACUAGAAAGUGCCAUGAAGAUGAUACUUGCAUCAGUACCUUAAGCAAGCAGGAUCUCACCUGCUCCGGAAGUGAUGACUGCAAAGCAGCUUACAUUGGUACCCUUGGGACAGUUCUUCAAGUGGAGUGUACCUGUAGGACCAUUAGACAAAGUGAAGAAUCUUUGUGCAAGAUUUUCCAGCAUAUCCUUCAUAGAAGAUCAUGUUUCAAUUAUCCAACUCUGUCUAACGUCAAAAGCAUUGCAUUGCAUACAAGAAAACAUGCGAAGGAAAUAACUCUACGUGGAUUUCAUUCCCCCUUCAACGGAGAAGUAAUUUAUGCUGUCAUGUGCAUGACAGUCACCUGUGGAAUCCUUCUCCUGGUUAUGUUCAAGCUGAGAACCUCCAGAAUAUCAAGUCAAACCAGAGAUCCUUCACCGAUCCAAAUACCUUGGAGGACUCAUGAUUCAUUAAGUCAUGGAUCAUUAACAAUCACUUCAUUUCGAGCAAGUCUUUGUAGCCAGUCAAUGGAAGAUCCUAUUCCUCAUCAAUAA